UACCUGCGCACAGACCGCCACUACCACCGGUUCCAGUUCCGUCGCGCCAUUGUGGAAGCGGUCCUGCUCGAGAACGCCAAGGACGCACAACGCGUGGUCAAGUGGCUCUGGCGCAAGUUCCACGGUUGUAUUGUCCCCGCGCCCGCAGUCCACAUGACCGCAGGCCAGGGAGGACUGGGCAUCUUGAAGUUCUUCAAGAAGAACGAGAUCGCUCCACGUCGAGAUGGAGGAAGAGCCAUGAGAGACGAGGUCGACGCUGAUCAAGGUCACGUCGUGCGUUGGGGACUCAACCUGUUCGAUACGAGCAACCUUCACGCGUCGGAGAAGAAAAGACUGAGCCUCGACACGGUGGCACGACGUGGAGACAUUGCGUUGGUCAAGUAUUUGCACGAGAUAUCGGUGGUGAGGAGUGCAAGCACGAGUCGUCAGACCAAGAGAGCAAGAAUUUCGCGGGAAUCUCGCUUAGCCUGCACGACUGACGCGAUGGAUCAAGCCGCGUCUUCGAGCCACCUUGACGUGGUGAAAUGGCUGCAUGCCAAUCGGUCCGAGGGCUGUACGACGCGCGCGAUGGAUUUCGCGGCAGGAAAUGGACACUUGCAGGUGGUGAAGUGGCUGAGUGCUCAUCGUUCGGAGGGAUGCACGGUUAAGGCUAUGGAUGUCGCCGCGAGCAGGGGGCACUUGGAUGUUGUGAAGUGGUUGCAUCGCAAUCAGUCGGAAGGAUGCACAACAGCAGCCAUGGACAGCGCUGCAACCGGCGGCCACCUGAAAGUUGUUGCGUGGUUGCAUAUAAAUCGAACCGAAGGAUGCACAACCAAAGCGCUGGAUGGAGCAGCGGAAAAUGGGCAUUUAUCCGUCGUCAAAUGGCUUCAUAAGCGCACUAACGCUCGUUGCACGACAAGAGCCAUGGACUGUGCUGCCAGCGAAGGUCACCUGGAAGUCGUCAAGUGGCUCCACCAAAAUCGCGUGGGACGCUGCACAACUGCUGCGAUGGAUGGCGCCGCUCGAAACGGCAACCUUGAUGUGGUUAAAUGGCUUCACAAGAACCGUUCGGAAGGCUGCACCACUGCAGCCAUGGAUGAGGCUAAAACGCUCGAGAUCGUGCAGUGGUUGCAAGCAAAUCGAGUCGAGGGAUGCAUACCCAAAGCAAUGGAUCAAGCAGCCUCGGAUGGUGAUUUCGACCGCGUGUUGUUUUUGCAUUCGGAAAGUGUCCAAGGUUGCACGGGAGAGGCAUUUUUCCACACGCACAAAACGCCACUGUUCAUGGGGAUGCGAGAAUGCGUCUUUGACUCCAGCCGACAACAUUCACGACUGGCUCACUGA